UCUUCCCCCUCAUCUCUUUCCUUCCUGCCUAGUGACUAGGCCCAGCAGAUGCCGGUGAGAAGACAAAAAGCUGGCUUUAAUUAAAACCUAUUUUCCGGCCAAUUUGAUUACGUCUCAGUGGAGCAGGAAGGAACGUACCUCUUCCCUGGCCCAGUAACUAAAUGUUUGACUGGUUCUGGCUCCAGCAACUUUUGCUGCAGGGUACCAGGAAGGGUCUCUACUGUUUCUUGCUGGGCUCAAUUUAAGCAUGCUUCUGGGAAUGACCUUACUGAGGAGAGCAGUUAGCAACACCUUAACCCAUUGCAGGGCCCUGAUCACAUUCCCGAUGUCUAAUAAAGGACUCCAGGUUUCCACAGACACAUACCUCAGACAUUUCAAGUGGCACAAGAUUUUGGUUGUGGUGCUAGCCUUUGCAUUUUGGGUCUUGUACUUCAGGAUUUUCUGGUCUGGCAACACUGACCCUUGGCCUCCAAGGCCCCAUUCUGUAUACACACCCUCUACUUCUCUCUCCCAGACAUUCACCAACCUGACCCACCUUCUCUAUUGGCCUCUGACCCCAGGAGAUGGGGGCGACCUUUUGGCCUCCACCAGCCCCAAGACCUCCACCUACCACCUGAGGCAUCGUGCUCAGGCCACCUAUGCCCUGGGAAGCUACCUGGAGGUUGUCCUUGUGGCCAGGGACCAACGGGGCAGGCCCAAGACCCAUGGCGGGGAUUUGUUUCAGGCACGAUUGCUGGGUCCAGGAUUGAAAGCAGGCGUCCCGGGGGAUGUCCAGGAUCUGGAGAAUGGCACAUACCUGUUGUCCUUCCCUCUGCUCUGGGCUGGGAGGGCCCACGUGCAAGUGCGGCUAAUCCAUUCCAGUGAGGCCGUUGCGGUUCUGCGGAGAAUCUGGAGAGAACAUUGGGCCACAGUUGAUUUCAUAGGCUAUUUCCGGGGACCCAAGGGAAAUGAAGAAAAUGUGUCUUGCAAUGUGACUCCCUUGUUGACUAGGGAAGAAGACUCCUUCUGUUACUACAAGGAUGAAGAUUCAGGUGAACUCUGGUUCUGUGCCCAGCCCCCCACCCUGGCCUGCAGCAUGCUGGUGGGACAUUCAGCUGGACGUUACUGGAAUGUGACCACAUCCCAUGAAGAGGCCCUGCUGGCUUGGAAUCUGACAGACAAGCUCCUCCCUCAGGGUAUUGGUCGAAUUUAUGUGGCCCUGGAUACAAACAGGAACCUGGUUCUGUCCCCUGCACGACCAUGCUACCCUGCGAUCCCAGCUCCAAAGCCCUCUGGCUUCUACCACCAAGAUGUGUGGCACUCACUGGCCUGCUCCAACAGACCCUUCCCCACUGCUGACAGCAUCCUGCGCUGCCUGGCUGGCCACAUUAUCCACAUGAUGGGGGACUCCACGCUUCGGCAGUGGUGGGAAUAUCUGCGUGACACAGUGCCCUCCCUGAAACCAGUGGACCUACAUGCCACAUAUCAGGUGGGGCCCCUGAUGGCCGUGGAGACCUCUCGGGGCAUAGUGCUGCACUGGCGAGCCCACAGCUGGCCCCUGCGCUCCUUACGCACACCAGUGGCCUCCCUGCACUCCGUGGUCAGGGAGCUGGGAGGCCUGGCUGGGGGCCCCCACACUGUAGUGGUGCUGGGUUUGGGAGCCCAUUUCACCACCUUCCCUCCAUCCAUCUUUGCAAGACGACUGGCAGGGAUUCGGGCAGCUGUGAUGGCCCUGCUGGACCGGGAACCCAGCACUCUUGUGGUCAUCAAACUGGCCAACACUGGCUAUAAGUCUGUGUAUGGCAGCGACUGGUUCACCCUGCAGGUGAACCGGCUCCUGCGAGCUGCCUUUACUGGCCUCCAUGUGGCCUUUGUGGAUGCAUGGGAAAUGACCUCCAGCCUGGCCCUGCCUGACAACAUCCACCCAAAUCAGCUUAUUGUGCGCAAUGAAGUGGACUUACUGCUCUCCUUCAUCUGUCCCACCUGAGAGCUUCUGAGAGUCGUGGGCCUAGGUUGACAAAGGACCUGGGCCAGAGUUGUAAAGAAAAACAUAGCCAUAAUAAAACUUCUGGAAUAAGGGCAGAUGCCAUCAACUUCUCUUAUGGCAAUAUGUGACAGCUUCUUAACUGAUUCAGCAGAUUCUAUUCUUGCCCCAUACCAACCCCUCCUCCACUAAGAACAAGAGUGAUUAUUUUUUAUUUUUGUUUAUUUAUUUGGUACCAGAAAUUGAACCCAGGGGCACUUUACCACUGAGCUACAU